GGCACGUGCUCCCGGCGCUGGCGCGAGAGAGCGAGCGCCACCGCCGCGGGCCCCGCAGCCGUUCUGCCUGCUGUCACCGCUUCCUCCAUCGCCGACACUAGCGCUCCAGCUGCAGCCAAGGCCGCUACGGGAGCGCAGGAAGCCCUCGAGGAGCGGCUGGCUGGGGGCGCAAGGCUCAGGGCGCGCACCUGGUUUUGAAGAUUAUGAUCAUAUGGAUCAUCUAACUCAAUGGUACAUGGUGAAACAAUGGCCCUUUAGAGAAUACAUCUGAAUUGGUGGCUAAUUUCUUGAUUUGCAACUCAACAUAGGACAUUGCUUCUUCACAUCUAUCAGAACACUCCUGAAUUUUCCCCACCAUGCUAUCUUUAUUAGCUUGAACUCCUUUCCUAAAAUGGUCCUUCUGUUGAUCCUGUCAGUCUUACUUUUGAAAGAAGAUGUCCGUGGGAGUGCACAGUCCAGUGAGAGGAGGGUGGUGGCUCACAUGCCAGGUGACAUCAUUAUCGGAGCUCUCUUUUCCGUUCAUCACCAGCCCACUGUGGACAAAGUUCAUGAGAGGAAGUGUGGGGCGGUCCGUGAACAGUAUGGCAUUCAGAGAGUGGAGGCCAUGCUGCAUACCCUGGAAAGAAUCAAUUCAGACCCCACACUCUUGCCCAACAUCACACUGGGCUGUGAGAUAAGGGAUUCCUGCUGGCAUUCGGCUGUGGCCCUAGAGCAGAGCAUUGAGUUCAUAAGAGAUUCCCUCAUUUCUUCAGAAGAGGAAGAGGGCUUGGUACGCUGUGUGGAUGGCUCUUCCUCUUCCUUCCGCUCCAAGAAGCCCAUAGUAGGGGUCAUUGGGCCUGGCUCCAGUUCUGUAGCCAUUCAGGUCCAGAACUUGCUCCAGCUUUUCAACAUACCUCAGAUUGCCUACUCGGCAACCAGCAUGGAUCUGAGUGACAAGACUCUGUUCAAGUAUUUCAUGAGGGUUGUGCCUUCAGAUGCUCAGCAGGCAAGGGCUAUGGUGGACAUAGUGAAGAGGUACAACUGGACCUAUGUAUCAGCUGUGCACACAGAAGCUUUGAAAGCAGCACCUUUCCUUGUUCCCAUGGAAUGGGUUAAUUAUAGUGAGAAGAAAACAAAUUAA